CAAGUAUUCGCUGUGUUAUCGGAAUCCAUAAAUGCCCGAUUUCAGAACCGCCGGAGCUACCGCAAAACGGCUGAAGCGCCACCGUCACACGGCGGAGAUGGAGGAUCGCGAUGACAACCACCAGAUUAACAAGGAGUGUUUGAUUCCUGGAAUUCCUGACCACAUCGCCCAACUCUGCCUCUCUCCAGUCCGGCCGUCGGUUCUCAGCUCCGUCUGCCGCUCAUGGCGGCGCUUGAUCUACGCGCCGUCGUUUCCGCCUUUUCUGUCGGUGUACGCUCUUCUCCUACCGAUCGGAACUCAUCCUCAUCAGUCUGAUGUUCUACAGUUUACCUCCUUUGAUCCGAUCUCGCGUAAGUGGAAUUUCCUACCUCCGCCGCCGCCUCCGCCGCUGCGGUUCCUCGUCCGACAUCCUUCGUUUAUUUCUCGGAAACUUUCCGUUCAAUCGGUGACGGUUUCCGGAAAACUCGUCGUCGUCGCUGCAACUAACGACCAGUUCCUCCCUGCCUUGUCUCGACCUCUAGUUUUCGAUCCGCUGUCCAUGGAAUGGUCCUUCGGUCCUCAAUUUUCCGCGCCUCGCCGGUGGUGCGCCGCCGGCGCUAUUCGCGACACCGUCUACGUCGCGAGCGGCGUCGGCGCCCACUACAACAACGACGUAUCGCGGUCGCUUGAGAAAUGGAAUUUAAUCGAGAACGAAUCUCGUUCGCCGGAGCUCCAUCGCCGCCGCUGGAGUUGGGAAAGGAUCAGAGAACUGAAGGACGGAAAAUUCAGCCGCGAAGCGAUUGACGCCGUCGGAUGGAGAGGAAAGUUGUGCAUGGUGAACGUGAAAGGAGACGCUGCGAAGGAAGGAAUAAUCUACAACGUCGACUCCGAUCUGUGGGAGGAGAUGCCGGAGGGGAUGCUCGCCGGCUGGAGAGGUCCAGCGGCGGCGAUGGCGGAGGAGACGAUAUACAUGGUGGAUGAGUCGAAAGGAUCUCUGAAGAAGUACGAUCACGUGACGGACACGUGGGAGGUAGUGGUGGAUAGCGAAGUGCUGAAAGGCGCUCAGAACGUGGCGGCGGCGGCGGGGAAGGUUUGUGUUGUUUCCGGCGACUGUGCUACCAUUGCGGUGGUGGAUGUGGCGGCGGCGGCGGCGCCGGUUCGGCUGUGGGUAGUGGAAGUUCCCGAUGAGUUUCAGAUUGUUGCUAUUCAUAUACUUCCUAGAUUGUGCGGCGGAGAUUUCCAUUUCCCUUCCAGAAUUUUCGGAGAGAAGAUAAAGAAAGAGAGAAGAGAGAGGAGAAAAUGAGAGAGAAACGGUCACAGAAUCUGAGUGAAAUGAGUAGAAUACUCUCAGGUCUCUCAACAUUUUACUUGUUCGAUUUUUCGCCUAAAAUUCGAAUGUUGCUUUAUUUUAUUCUUGUACGAAUUUCGUGUAAUCCGGGGCGUUAAUAUGGUCAAAAUAUCGUAUAAGGAAAACAAAUCUAUGCGACUCAAUUAUAUCCACAAUC